AAAUCCAAUACUGUUAGCUUCAUGGCAAUUAAGGUGGAUGGGCGGUUCAUCAAUCCAACGUUGUUAGCUCUCCUACCUUCCAACCACACCUCUUUAUUGUAUUCCCCAUAAAAUAGGCCCAAACCCAUCUCCUCAUUUGUAUUCGAGCUCUGCUUUAGCUGGUUUCUGUAUGAGAUCUCCUUCAAAAGUUUCAGUUCUUCCUUUGAUUCUUUCUGAAUCUUGAGUUGAAUCCUCAAGUUUUGAAGGGUUUGUUUUGUUUUGACAUUUGGUGAAUUGGGUCUCUUUUAUUUCAACUCCAAAAUGAAGGUUACUAUAGUUUCACGCAGUGGUAGAGAGAUUGUUAAAGGAGGCCUAGAGAUUAAUGAUUCAGCUACAGUGGCUGAUCUGCAGGAGGCAAUCUAUAAGCGAACCAAAAAGUUCUAUCCUUCAAGACAGCGACUGACACUGCCUCUUCCACCGGGAUCAAGGGAGAGGCCUGUCGUCCUUCAUUACAAGAAGAGUCUUAAGGAAUACUGUGAUGGGAAUUCUGACAACAUAACUGUAGUUUUCAAGGACCUGGGUCCACAAGUUUCUUACCGCACACUUUUCUUCUGGGAGUACUUGGGUCCAUUGAUCAUAUAUCCUAUCUUUUACUUCUUCCCUGUCUAUGAGUACUUUGGUUACAAGAGGGAACGUGUCAUCCAUCCAGUUCAGACAUAUGCUUUAUACUAUUGGUGCUUCCACUACUUCAAACGUAUCAUGGAAACAUUUUUUGUGCACCGAUUUAGCCAUGCAACUUCACCUCUGUCCAAUGUUUUCCGAAAUUGUGCUUACUAUUGGACCUUUGGUUCCUACAUUGCCUACUAUGUAAACCACCCACUUUACACUCCUGUUAGUGAUCUUCAAAUGAAGAUUGGUUUUGGAUUCGGUUUGGUUUGUCAAGUUGCAAACUUUUAUUGCCACAUCUUGCUGAAAAAUCUUCGCACUCCAGAAGGAAGUGGAGGUUACCAAAUCCCACGUGGUUUUCUUUUCAAUAUUGUGACAUGUGCAAAUUACACAACUGAGAUUUAUCAGUGGUUAGGUUUCAAUAUUGCAACACAGACUGUUGCAGGCUAUGUCUUUUUAGUGGUUGCUACUGUGAUCAUGACCAAUUGGGCCCUUGCAAAGCACCGGCGAUUGAAGAAGCUAUUUGACGGGAAGGAUGGACGGCCUAAAUAUCCACGCAGAUGGGUUAUCCUGCCUCCGUUCCUGUAGAAAUGACCAGCUAUUCUGCUACUUGUUCACUGCUUUCGGCUUGGUUUUGGCAACAUCACGAAUUCCAGAUUGUGGUUCAUUCUUCUAGAUAUUUGAUCGAGCUCGCACUUUUCACCAAAUUGAUUGAAGAUCAUAGUUUCUUUUACUUAAGACAGAAAAUUACUGGAAGCUAGAGGAUAAUCUUGUUAAAUGUUUUCUUUUAUUAGAACUUUCGCCGAACUGUUGCAUUACAUGUGGAGGUUCACCACUCUUGUUGGUGUAAGCGAUUUAUUGAAUGGUGGCUUCUUGAUGAUCA